AUGGUUUCGCGUGGCUGUUGUCCAGCGAAAAUCGGUGAGUUAACCUUAUGGUGGAAAGGACCUCUAUGGCUGCAUAAAGAGGAUGCUGAUUGGCCAAAGAAAAAAAAUAUUUAUUGUCAAGCGGACGAAGCUUUAUUGGAAGCUAGAACAGUAUCGCACGUAUUGUCUACUGUUAAGUACGAUUUGUCGAUUGUGGAAAAAUACUCAUCAUUAUUAAAACUACUACGUGUUAUUGCAUUAUGCCGCAGAUUUAUGCAUAAUGCGUCGAAGAAAGAAAGGCUAAGUGGUGCACUUCAAGCGGGUGAAAUAGAUAAGGCUGAAAGUAGUAUUAUUAGGCUAGUACAGGCUAGUAGUUUUACGAGCGAGAUCCAAGACUUAUGCAAAUCUAGCCAAGUAAGCCCUAAAAGUGUAUUGCUGCGACUACGUCCAUUUUUAGAUAAAAAUAAUUUGAUCCGGGUGAGUGGUCGCUUGGGAAAUGCAUCUACUCUAAAUGAGUCGCAACAACAUCCAAUUAUUUUGCCAGCGAAAGGGGUCUUCACCAAAUUAAUAUUUAUAUACUGGCAUGAUAACUUAAUGCAUGGUGGCCAGCAAGCUGUCUUAUCAGCUGUUCGUCAAAAAUAUUGGCCACUUAACGGACGAAAUAUUGCGCGUCACGUGGUACAUCGGUGCGUAAAGUGUUUUAAAUAUAGACCUGCUGUUGUUAAACCUAUUAUGGGUGACCUACCAGAGGCUCGUGUACGGCCGGCACAGGCAUUUAAAAAGACAGGCGUAGAUUUUGCGGGUCCAUUUAUUAUAAAGUCUAGCUUACGUCGAAAUGCCCUUUUGAAUAAAGCGUAUGCGUGUCUAUUUUUUGCUUUACUACUAAAGCAGGGCACAUAG